AUGCGAGGAGAAAUGGAAAUGUACAAAGACCUGUAUCUGGAGGAACUGAAAACUAGAAGAUGCCUAGAGAAGAAACUGGAAAGGUUGGAAAAGCUUCUGAGGGUAGAUAGGAGGAAACUCAGGGCUAAUGAAGAAACCCAGUCCCAGCUGGAAGAAAUGAAGAACAGAUAUUCUGAAAAGGUCAAGGAAGUGGACAGAUUACGAACAGAGGUUGCUGAACUUUCCCAGCAGCUGGACAGGGAAAGUAAAAAGUGCACGCAGCUGGAAGCCAAAAAUCAGGAUUUGCAAGGAGAGCUGUCUACCCUGCGAGGGAAGUGCGAAAACCUGGAGAUGGACAAAUGCCAGCUGCAAGAAGAGCUGGCAAAAGUCCAGCACCAUUUGGAGACUAACAUGGUGGAUCGCACCCAACUAGAACAAUGUAAAAGAGAGGUGGAAGAACGAGCAGACCAGGAAAUAAGACAAAAACUCCGAGAAGUCAAUGAGUUUUUGCAAGGGAGGAAGGUGCUCAAAAAAGGAGUCACUGAAGUUGUGGAGGUGGGAGAUCCUCCUGUUGUCUUUGAGGAAUCCUUUUCCAUAUACCCUGUCCUACAGAGAGGGUGUCCUUUCAUUAGUAGCUUUGUAUAA